AUGGCGGGAGAACAACAACAAUUUUUUCUCAAGUGGAAUGAUUUUCAAUCGAACAUGGUAUCGUCGUUCAAACAUCUGAGAGACGAAAAGAGUUUUACAGACGUAACACUUGCCUGUGAUGGACAAACGUGCAAAGCUCACAAAAUGGUGCUUUCUGCGUGUAGUCCCUACUUCAAAUCUCUUCUUGAAGAAAAUCCGUCCAAACAUCCAAUAAUUAUCCUUAAAGACGUUGCAUAUAGUCACCUUCAAGCAAUCCUGGAAUUUAUGUAUGCUGGAGAAGUUAAUGUUUCUCAAGAUCAAUUACCGGCAUUUUUGAAGACAGCAGACAGGCUCAAAGUUAAAGGACUCGCUGAGGCACCUGGUGCCAUUAAGAGAGAAGGCUAAACCCUACUCAUUUAGCUAUGGUGUUAUUGGAAGCGUGCAGACUGAAAGAGUGGAAUGUAUGUGUAAACAAGUAAGAUAAUUGGAAUGAAAACGAAGGAGAAACUGAAGCACUACACUCACACAUAUAUCAUAAACAUAUAAUACACAGCGUACGUGAAGAAUUUCACUUUUUGGUUCAUGACUUGGAUCAACAUCGCACCAGUUAUGGAUCGAUCAUUUUCAAACUAUUUCUAUCCCUCUUUUUCCUUCUCGCCCAUAUAUUAUUCCAAAUGUAGAAUUAUUGUUGCAAGAUUCACUGAAAGAUUUAUAUAGAUCAAUGAUUGUAUGUUGAUGUCAGUUUUGAACCUUAGGCGAUGUACACUAACCAUAAACGUUGAUUAUAUUUUUUAUUAGAAGAAAAAGUGCUGCAAAUUAAAGUUCAAAGAAAAUGAGAACUAUAUAAUAAGCAGGUCAUAAUAGUUUUAUAUGCAUGUUGGUCGGGGCAUUUUGUCAAGUAAUGAUUAUUAGCUGGAAAUUGAAUUAUCUUUUUUUUUCCAAAAAGUACACAAAUUUUAUGACAAUUGUUGAAACAUUUAGUAAUUGAUCUAUAAUUCCCAGAAUUGGGAAUAGUAAUUACAGUGUUUAAUGGUGAAAGAGAAUAAGUCGAAAACAUUUGUUUAUUUUGAAAUUAACUUAUGUGAAAAGUUAAAUUUUGUAGAAUGUUUUUUAUCAGAAAUAGUUACACUGAGAAAAAAAAUUAUUUUUGUCAAAUAUCAAUUUACUUGAGAGAAGCAUUUAUUUUUUCAAAAUUAUGU